AUGUCGGGCAGCAUUCCCUUCUUUAUCGGCCUGGAGAACUUGCCAAAUCGUACAAUGACAACUUUCCCCAAGGCACUGGUCGCCAGUGCGAUGGCCCUGCCCGGAGUUCCUUCACAAGCAGAAGUUCUGAAAUCGAUGGCUGCGGGAGAGGUGCCUCAGGUGAACCUCGAUCAGUUUGACAUGAUGGCAUACAUGACAAUUCACAAGCAGCUCAUGGAGUAUGCUGGGCAGAAUCUCCUGACCACCAGCAAGGCUUCCAAGGUCGUUCCUGAGAAGGAUGUGCAACGAGUCCUUAUCCAUUCGAGAACUCCCGAGGUAGGCUACGGGCAGUUCAUGCUAGUAAACGGGCUCGUGAACAAUGGGCACUCAGUGUGCGCAAGGCCUGAGGAGAUGUUGCGCACGAUGCGUGACGAUUACACAGGUGCCCUGGACACUGCGUACGGAAGAGGCUUCUCCUAUGCCCGCACUGUGGACCACACAAAGCUAGCACUUGACUGCCACGGGCCAUGGGACUACUAUCUCUUGCUUGCAGAGGGCGGCGACACCUAUCCAGAGCCAGAUGUCGAAGACACGAAACAGGCAAAACACAUUCUUGCCAUUAAUUGGGACGACAUGAAAGAUGCCUUACUGCCGGCUCCAUCCGUGGCAACGGAGUACUUUGUCAGAGAACUGGUAUAG